UGACACGGUGCUCCUCCUCCUCCCUCUCCCUUCGCUGCCCUGCCGCCGCGAUGCCGAGGCUUAGCAAGGAGGCCAAACAGCGCCUGCAGCAGCUCUUUAAGGGCGGCCAGUUCGCCAUCCGCUGGGGCUUCAUCCCAGUUGUGCUCUACCUAGGUUUUAAGAGAGGUGCAGAUCCUGGAAUGCCUGAACCAACUAUCUGGAGUCUACUUUGGGGAUGAAGGAUAUGGUGGUCCUGUUCUAGAUCCAGCCAAUGGACAGAGAAGUGUCUGAAGAUACAUUCCAGAGGAUGAGGUGGACACUUAACACCAGCUGGCUCAAUCACCUUGCUAGUGGCAUAGGUUGUACAUACAACAAAAUGGAGUUUCUAUGGACCUAACUUAUUUGCAUUACAGUGUAAUUAAAUAAAUACAAUUUGAAUGGCUACACAUUGUUAUGAAGUCUUUGCAUAAAGGUGAUGUGGUAAUUUCUUGU